GCUUUUACCGUCAUUAUUUCCAUUGCUAUACCUUGUACCAAUAGUUUUUUUUUCAAAAUCUGUAAUCGCUUUGAAAUGUUACUCGUGCUCUUAUUCAAUGCUUGAACUAACACCUGAAAACGAUGAUUACUUUUGCGCUAAUGAAUCAUUAAUUACAAUUAACCAUGAAUUGACGACACGUACUUGCGCAUCAUGGGAAAAAUUUUGCGUGACUACAGUGGAAACAUCAUUAAAAGCAUUCAGUGCUGUGAUACGAACUUGCAGUGACAUCUGUCGUGAACCUUGUGAAUCAGAUGGCUAUGGAACAGAUAUGGUUCGAUGUGAUGAAUGUUGUACUGAAGACUUCUGUAAUGGAAACUAUUCCGUUCGUCAUUAUAUUCAACUUAUGAAACAACAAUAUACUUCCUGGAUUGAACCAUUAGUGGGCGAGAAACAUUACAAUCGUAUCAAUAAUAUUACUUUUCCUUAUUAA